AUGAAUCGCUUCAAGACCAAGAAGAAGGCCAAGGACGAUACGCCCGUCGGUCGUCCUUCCCAGGAAUCGGAGUCGUUCGGUUUCUUCAGGAGAGGAAAGAAGAGCCAGGAGGAGCAGAAGCCUGAAAUUGACCUGGCAACCGCCCUUCCGUCGACUGACGACUUCCGAACCAGCUUGCUCAUGAACGGCCUAUCAGCACGAUUUUCCAUGCUGCGAGAACAGGAUGAUCCUAACACGAAAAUUGGUAAAGCCAGCGAUGACAGCGUCUUGUUUCCCACCAAACGACAAUCCCGCCUUGGAGAGUUUAGCGGGUUUGGCUUGACUGAUAUUUCCGAGGUUGAGUCCAUCAAGGCCCCUUUCGCACGAAAUGACUCGUAUGCUUCUGAUGCGGAUUCCAUCAACGGAAGUGUUAUGAGCAGAUCCAAGCCAAUUGAGGGUAACAACCUGUUUGGUGGAAGACAGAAGGUAUAUAAACUUGCUGCUGGCUCAGCGUCGACGAAAAGUGUCGGCGGUGGAAUGAGUGGUCGAGUGCUUUACGACGAUGACGUUGCCCUCUCAGCCUUCCAGAAAUGGCGCAAGGAAGAAAAGGACCGUAACACGGUAGAGGGAGAGCUUGAUGAUAACUCGAGGCGACCGUCACUGGAAGAGCCCGAGGCUCGACCAGAGUCACCAUUUUCGAGCGGUUAUAACCGAAAGCGUGAAACUUCGUCAACCACAUCGUCAAUAACACGCAACUCGACGGCAGCCACAUCCGUCACUUCUCAGCAGCCCGCUUCGUCAUCCAAGGACUGGCCCAUCAGCUCUACAACUCCAUCUUCGAACAGCUCGACACCUGCCCCUGAGAGAAAUUUCACGAGGACCAGGCGUCUGUACGAAACAGGCCUGAACAACGACUUGCAAGAGCAACAGACAUCGGCGCUCACAAGGAUCGACACACUGACGAAACGGCGAGAACUUGGCUCGCGUACCCCUGAUUUAUCACAAAACUCCCCAUCUCCGACGACUGCUGGCUCCGAGCGCUUUGGAGACCGACGCAUUCUGGCGAAGGCUAGUGCCCCGAACCUGCGAUCGAUGAGCCCAGCUUCUCGUGCGUCCUCAGCCACUCCUGAUCUCGGAAUCCGCGUCCCGAGUAUCACUGAAGCCAAGCCGAACUACCUUGGAUCGCCACCGCUGAGCCCGCCGAUCAGUGAGACGGAGGAACUCUCUGGUCUCUCCAUCGGGCCCAACGAUCAUGGCAAGGCAACUGCUUUAGGUGUCUUCCAGAAGCCUUCGCACGGUUACGACGAGAGCAGAUUCGCAGAACGACAACUGCAACUCCAACAAGGACGGGAGACACCCACGCAGCGAUUCCGUAAUGACUCGAAUGCUUCUUUCACGGUUGGUCGAUCGCGGUCAUCUUCUUCGGCCCACCGUCAGACCUUUGAACCCAAGCUGGAGCCUUUUAAGGCACAGCCACCUUUGACAGAAGAAAUUAGCUCCCCAACAUUCUUUACCGAGGAGGAUGAAGAGUCGCCUGUCAUUCCUUCACAAUCAACUCUUGGACCUCAUCCACCUAGGGCCCAUCGCCCCGCAGAUAGUGAACAUCCUGCCUUCCGCGGACCCGCGAUACCGACCCCCCUGUCUAUUGCAUCAAAGGUCAGUGGCGAGCCAUCCCCAAUAGUCGAAAUGGAGUCAACCUUUUCGCCCGAGACGAAGCCAUCACCGCCAGAUUCUCCGACUCUUGGCCCGGCCGUGACAGUGUCGAAUGGCCUCAGCGGUAUGGUUCGACAGCACCUCAGAGCUGACAGCGGGGCUUCUUCCAUUUAUGGCGGUGCUGCACCAACCACAUCUGGUCUGGAGGCAAGAUUUCCGUCUGAUCCCUACGUUUUCUCGCCCACAUCAGAUACAUGGUCUCCGCGCGAGCCCACAAAUGAGUGGACCACGUCAUACUAUGGUGUCGACUCUGAGUCGAGGACGCGCUCAACUACAUUGACCAGCCCUGAGCCCCGCAUGCCAGCCGUGCCUCACUCGGAAGAUCCAAAGGCAAACGACGAGUUUGCUAGCCAACUUGCAGAUGGUGCUCGCAGAAUCAGAGAAAGACUCACCACCUAUGUGGAGUCUGAUAGUCGUCCAAGCUCACCAAAUCCUGUUGCAGAGCCCAGAGAAUCUUCAGUCGGUCCGGCCCCGGCAAAAUCAAACACCCUUGGUCUGCUCAAGUCGAAGUCUAGUAGAACUUCGUUGGCGGAGCGCAACCGUGAUCCUGUUGCUCAACUGAAGGCAAAGAAAAUGCUGGGAAUUUCGGACUCUAGUCCUUCUGUGCUCCAGAGGAAGGCGUCUUUUGAGAACUCUGAAAAACUGAAGCCUGUGCAUCGGGAGGACGUCGGAAUGGCCAGAUCUACAGUUGAGGAUUCCGGAGCAGAUACGGGUGACGUUCCUGAAGAGCAACACGCUGGAAUCCGUGCUUUCAGACAAGCAAGACGUGAGCUGCAGAGAAUGAAGGAGGUGGAACUUCAGCAGAGGCACCAUACACAGCCACCCCAGACAGCGCUGCCAGAACCGCCAAGCACUCACAUGUCACCAUCCAGAGAUGUCGAGCAAGGUCAGCGACUUCAGGGGCGGGAUCAACGGGGUCCACCCAUCGCAUAUCGCCAGCGCCAACUUAGCGAAGAUUCAUAUGCCACAAACUCCCGCUCUGGCUCGCAAGAACCUUCACGAGGUGACCGUGAUCGAAGUGGCUCGAACUCUAGUGGCGAACGAUCCCAAAGUAGGCCACAAAGCCGCCCACCAAUGCGCUUGAGGGAUGGCCCUUCUCCCUUAGAGGAGCGCAGCCUUACCCCUAAUGCAAGCAAUGGCCCAAUGGCUCGUUCUCCGGGCCUGCCUGGCACCAACAUUCGCCGCUCUCCACACAUGCCUCAAGGGUAUCCUGGUGCUCCCCCAGUCAGGAUGAACCAGUCUAACUUUGUUGCCAACGGGAGCCUUAACGUGCAAUACCCUCGUGGAUAUGAAUCAGGCCAGCCGUCUCCGAUUUCGCCCAUUCCAUCUCCGUUUGCAGGUUCGGCUCCUACAACCCCCGGUGGCUUGGCUUCUCCUCAACGGCCGCCAAUGGCACCCACUCCGCAGAUGAAUUCCGACGGCUCCGAAGUUCCCGGUCUAAAUGAGGCAAUGAAACGGCCAGUCAAGAAGAGGGACAUCUCUGAGCCCACCUUCGUCAUGUCGACAUCGCGAGUGCCGACAAUGGAGCUCCCUCCUGAGGCUGCUACCAAUAGGUCACGCAGCAACAGCAGAUCUCGGUCGAAUAGCAAGGCGGAACCAUACAAUGCUCCGCCGCUGCCGCCGAUCAACCCAAGACGUCGUCAAGAUAGCUCCAAAACACGAACUAUGUUUGGAAGCAUGGUUGGCCGCAAUGGGGAUAUGAAUGAGUCUGCCAAUGCUAGCGCACCAAACCUACCUCUGGGUCAUCGCAGUCCUAUGCCCAGCCCCGACGAAGGCCGCAGUGGAUAUCCACUUGGUGGAGAGGAAUUCAGGCCAGAACGUCGACCACUCCGGCAAACUUUACCCUACAUGAGCGCCAUACGGCCUUAA